AUGAGGUCCGUCGCGGCUCUGCUGGUUCUCAGCUUCUGCCUGGCUCUGGCCAGCGCCUCGUUCGAACCUGCCUCCCCUGCCGCCGGCUGCUCCGGAAAGCCCAACUUGUCCCCCAUCUACGACGAUGCCCCUCAGUUUGUGAAGUCAGUGCCCAACGGCAAGCUCUACAUCCAGCGCAACGUGACUCCGCCCGUGUACAUCGUGCACCUCUAUGGUACCGCCUACGAGAUGGGCUACGCGCAGGGUCAGCUCUUCAAGGACAUCGGCCCCAAGUUCUGGCCCUCGAUCAUGGAGUACAUUUACUCCCAAAUCGACCAGUACCUGAAGAUGUUCCCCGAGUGGCUGCAGCACCUCAUCGCCGAGUCUGGCGUCGACGCCGCUCUCGACAUCACGGGCUACAUGACCGAGGCCUACACGCCCAAGCGUUUCUUCGACGAGAUCCGCGGCAUCGCCGAUGGUUCCGGCACCGACUACACCACCCUCUACCGCAUCCACAUGUUCCCCGAGCUGAUCCAAGCGGCCUGCAGCAUGUUCGGCGCCUGGGGCAAGGCCAUCGCCAACACCAACGGCACCCUCUACCAGCUUCGCGCCCUCGACUGGUCCACCGACGGACCCUUCCAGCAAAUGCCUGCUGUGCUGGUGUACCACCCGAACGAGGGUGACGGCCACACCUUUGCCUCGUUCGGCUGGGCCGGCUUCAUCGGCACCAUCUCCGGCUACUCGUCGUCGCACAUGGGCGUGUGCGAGAAGGUGUGGGCCGGCUACAACGGCACCCUCGCUCGUGUUGGCGUGCCUUGGCAUUUCCUUCUGCGCGACAUCAUGCAGUAUGACACCGACAUCGCCGAUGCGACCAUGCGCAUGGAAGCGGCGCGCAGGACUUGCGCCAUCUUCGUCGGCCUGGGCGACUACACCAACACCUUCACCGCCUUCGGUUACACCCAUGACAAGCUGCACAUCUGGGAUUGGAAGAACUUCCCGGUGUACCCCGACCACCCGAAGAUGGAGGGCCUGGUCUACCUCGACAAGCACCCCCAGCCCUCGGAGCACGUGUGCUUCUCCUCGCUCCUGCAGCAGUACUACGGCAGCAUCACGCCCCAGAACACCAUCAAGUACAUCACCUCGCAGGGCGAGACCGGCGACAUGCAGAUUGCCGUGUACGAUUUCGCGUCGGAUCACGUCUACCUGGCCAACGCCGGACCCGCGCCCAACGCCGUGCCCGCCUACAAGCGCCCCUUCAUCCGCCUGGACAUGGCGCGCCUCUUUGCCGAGCCCAAGCCCUAA